AUGACUUCAAAAGAGGGUCGCAUUACGUGUGAAUAUAAUGACGCCAAACGAUUCGAAGAGUUCAAUUCGCUAGGCGAGGAUCAAUACGAUUUUGUCAUCGAUAUAGUUGACGAUAUAAUCGAUAAAGUCGACGAACUAGUGAACGAAGAGAAACACGAUUUCGAAAUGCUAGUUUAUCCGAUUGAAAAGUACGAUGAAAAUCGAACUCGUAUGAAUAGAACUAACGAAUAUUUGGACACUAUACAUGAGAACGAUUAUUUGCUUAACGAUACAUCGAUUUUAAGUCCUGAUGAUGUACAACAGAUCGUGAGUGAUGCGGAUAGCGAUGGUCUUGUAAAUGAUAAACUUUUGAUUUGUGACAUUGGAAUAAACGAAGAUUUAAGGGCUGAUACAGUCAGUUCAGUAACAGUUUCUAGUAAUAUAAAAUGCAGGGGCGAUUCAUUAUAUAGUGAGAGCAAAAGGGGUUCAGUUGAUUAUCAGAAUUCUAUCAAAUCGGACCUACGUUCCAUAGCGUCAUCAGAGUCGACCCUGAAAAUGCCCAGUGGAGAGUUGAGUGUGCAAAGUCUCUUGCAAUAUUUAAGGGAGAAAACUGCUUCAAGCAAUCGGAGCCCGUCCAUUGCUGAUAUAGAUUAG